CAAUAUUGUCAAACCAAGUGAAUUUUGUGGGCUUUAUGUAGUAAUUUGUGUGCGAUGUUUAACAAAUCCCUUAUAAGACGCAGGGGAUAAAUAAAGUGAACAUGCCUUAAAUUUAAAGGACAUAUUCGUUAUAAAAAAUUGCUACUGUAGCACUUUUUCACCUUUCUCCAACAACUAUUGUAACUUGUUAUAAUUGCCGACUCUUCUUCCCUUCUGUAUCUUCCGGAUUUUUCACCAUUCUAUAAUUAACAACCGACUUACCUCCCAUUUCUCUCUCAUCUGUCUUUAAUUAUUAUUGUUAAGAAAUAACAGAAAAAUACAAAUACCAGCAGAAAAAAUACAAAUCUUUGCGGCUGUUACAUAAUCAUAAAUUCAUAAUACAUCAUUUUCUCUGUCUCCUCUUUGAAGCUCUCUUUAAUGGAGUCUUUUUGACGUUUUUGUGCACUGUAUAAUUACCACUUUAAUUUAUGAUUGCAUUCAAUUCAAUUCAAUUAUGGUAUGAAGUUCGGCGGUCAUGCCUUUUCUCGCUCCCCUCGUCACUUUCCUUGUCAUUGCAUUCAACAAUUUUUUUGUGAUUGCUGGUGAAUUGGCUGAAAAUUCGGAAGAUUUUGAUGGGGAAUUUGGAUAAUGGACAAUAUAUUUUCCCCUUGACAAGCUUGCAAAUCGGGGAUUUGCAGUCUUAUCUUUCCCAUCUUAACAUUUUCCUGGCUACUGAAAGCAACACAUUUUAUAUUUUAGUGGACAAUAGACCAUGGCUUGAAGGUCUUGGAUCACGUCGUGCACACUUGUGGCAAUUGAUGGUUACUAAGUCCAGGUUGUCCCCAUUUGCUAACAGUAGUGCUCGUAAAAAGAGGAAUAUUGGUAAAGAGAAAUUAGAGAAAAAGGCUACCAACAAAGCAAUUAAUUCUAACCAAUGCACCAAGUCUACUAAUUCAAAGAUUUCAGAGAGAUGGUUUUCGCUGAUUGAUGCUGCCACGUUAUCACAAAAGAGGGCUCUGUUACCUGUAAAGAAGCUUAAAUACUCCUUGCAGUUAAAUCAGGAGCUCCAUAGGACCUUGUUUGGGUUGAUUAUAUUUGAAGUCUCUUGGGAUGAUGUUCGUGGUAUCAAUUAUCUAAAUGAACUACAGACUGACACAUCUUUGGCAAUAGAAACCAAAUUUAUGAGAAGAUGGGAAUUCAGCAGUAUAUUGCAAGCUGUAGGCUGCAUUUCUUCUUGGUUCUCAGGAACAGAGCAUGAGCAGAACCUUUUGAAAGAUUAUCUUCUAUCUACUGCUGAUGAAGUGUUCCAUGAUGCCAAGGAGGAUUUCUCGGAUGAAGAGACUACUUGUUUUUAUGAUGCUGUAGUGGAGAAUGAAUCUUCCUAUGGUAUUUCAGUUGGGUUUGAUGCAUGUCCCACAGGAUCUGAAAAUGACACUAGUAUCUUGCAUACACCACCACCUUCUAACGUACCUUAUAAAAGAAGAAAAGUCAUUCGAUCUAGCAGCUCUGGAAUUGAAGCUGAUACCUACUCUGAGGAAACUCCUAAGACUCCAAAGAGGACUUUUGACCCAUUUGAGAAUUUUGAGAAUACCAUUGAAGCGACUGAAUACAAAGAUAUCUUGCUUAUAUAUAGAUUUAAUGACAAAGAUCUUCCUUUCAAGUUAAAGGACAUAAUUAUGGGUGACCUGCGCUUGCUUACUCUCUUAGAAUCUGGGCUUCCAUCUUGGGUGAUAUUUCUUCAAUCAUACCCUGUCUUUUGCCAUCUUUAUCGUCCGUGGAUGUGUCCUCUAGCCAGAGCUUUAUACGUGAUCAUUUCAAUUACCACUGUUAUGAUCGGAUUUUACGACUUAUACAAGAAUGUGCCACUUCUUAAGGCAACAGCAUCUCGUUUGCUUGGACCUAUCUUUGAUUGGAUAGAGACUUGGGAGAUGGCAUCAAGGGUCAAGUAUUUGGGGACAAUGUUAUUCUUGCAUAAUUUUGAGAAGGCUGUUAAAUGGCUUCUAAUGAUAACACGUACUAUGAGAUCAUUUUUUUCUGUUUUUGCUCAGCCAAUUGUUGAGCCACUUAUAAAAUUUUCCAAAUUCUUUCAUCCGUUCUGGAGUGCGUGUAUUGAGAUGUCAGAGAGCUUAUUUUCAUUCAUCUGCAUUGUUCUCGGAACUUCAUACAGUUUUGUUGUUGGUGUAGUCGAGAUAGUAUUAUUGCCAAUCUGGUUGCUCAUUUCAUUCGUCUACACCACAGCAAUCUCCAUCAUAUUGCCGAUUUUUUGGGCCUGCUGGGAAAUUUUUAAUGCGCCAGUUCGCUUGGUCCUUGCAUUGUUCAGUUUCAUAGCCUAUGUCUGUACCAUUGUAUAUGAAAUGUUUGGAGAAUUGUGGUCAUCUGCUUGUAGCAUAAUCAAUAUUGCAUCAACUACCGAGGCAACUGUAAAAACAACAUAUGAGGUCUCAAUGUGGCGCUCACUGUGGAAUGACUUGUUCUCAAAGGUUUUCCGUGCUGUUAGGAGCAUUUUGAAUGGUUUUGUUGCUUUCUUCACAGCUUGCAACAGGCAUCGACUUAGUAUUUAUAACCACUUAAAGGAGUUCAUCCAGAAACCAUCUCGCCAACGCUGCCGAUCACAGCAUAUAAAUCUUCAUCACACAAAAAGGCAUGUACAUCUGCAUCGGCAGGCACAAUUACAUAGAACCCGAAAGUUGGCAGAGGAUGCCAAUAGAGAGCCUCGACAUAUAGAGUGAAAUAUCUGAUGGCUGAUAUCUGUCAACUGUUUACUCAAGUAGAAACGAAAGAGUUGAACAUAUUUAUCAGCAUGCAUAUCUUGGUGCAAUCUGAUCAUUCUUUCUUUAUUGGUACUCAAAAUUGAAUUUUCUCAUUAUUUCAUUCUUUCUUUUCUAGGCAUCCUCUAUUAUAGAGUAUAGACCAAUGUUUUUCCAAUUAAUUGUAGAUAUGUAUAUAUAUAAUGAAAUGUAAAUAUGUAACCCGCUUCUGCCAUAAUGUAUUUAGCAGCAAAUAGAAAGUGAGGUAUAUGUAUAGAGCAACAUUUUCGCCUGUUCACCAAUUAGAAUUAUCAAUGAGCUGGUAGUCUGAUAGUAUCGACUAUUGUGUACAUUUUGGCCAAUUUAAUAUUAUAUUAUAUAAUUAAAGUAUGUAUUUCUGGAGA